AUAAAAAAAAAAAUAAUGAAUUUGAUGUGAUGAUGUGUAAUGUGUGUGAAAUCCGUCAUUUUCGCAGAUAAUUAUUUAUAUUAAAAUUUUUAAUACGAAUUAUCGUCAACUGUAGAUGUUAAAUGAUUUAUAUUUGAUAAAAGAUGGACAUGAGAGCAGCAAAACUAGAAUUAGCCAGAAAAAAGCUCAGGGAUCAUCAAGAAAAAAAAUUAAUUACUACACAUAAAUCCGAAGUGGAUACCAUUGAUAGUACUAGUUUGUCACAGAACCCUAGUGCUCUUGAUAACAGUGAACUUACUGAAGGCAAUAAAAAUGUUGAUAAUAAUGCUGCUAAGAUAUUUGAUCAAUCUGAACCUUUAGAUUUGAAUGUAAAUGUUACGCAAAUACUUGUUGCCAAUAAAAGGAACUUAGAAGAACAGGUAGCAGAAUUACAAUUAAAAUGUGACCAACUAGAUUCAGAUUAUAAGGCUGAAAUCAACAAUCAUAAUAAUGCUAGACAACAAGUGUUAUUUUUGCAAAACGAAUUAAAAGAUUUGAUGGAUAAGUAUGGGGCUGCCACGGAAAACAGUUUAUUAAUGAGUGAACAUAUUAAAGAGUUAAAUAAUUUAAAAACAUCCCUUACUGAUGAUAAUAACAAUUUGACUGAACAACUAGAAUUCACCAAAUCAAUUUUGACUUCAAAAGAGACAGAAAACACCAGUCUACUUAAUCAACUCCAUUUUCUUCAAAAUGAAUUAGAUUGUACAAAAUUACAAUUGCAGCAACUUACAAGUGGAUCAAAUGUUUUAAUUGCUCAUAAUGAUGCUAAAGUUGAUAAUCAAGAAUUGAUACAAAAAAUAAAGAAUUUGGAGGAACUUUUAAAAGGAACACAAAAAGAGAAAGACCAAAUUAAUACUCAUUAUGAGCACUAUGUUGCAGAAUUAAAUCAGCAGUUAAAGACUACUAUGUUAAAAAAUGAAGAAUUUUCAAAAGAAAUUUGUAAUCUUUCUAACAGGGAAAGUAGUCUCAUUGAUCAAAUUAGUGAGAUGGAAAUAAGGUUACAAAGUGUUCAAGGAAAUCACGAUAAAACUGUUGAAAUCACUACUAUAGACAAUGGAGAAUUAAAAGAACUUCAUGAUAAAUGUACAAAAGCUCAGAAUGAACUGCAAGAUUGUAUGAGAAAAUACGAAGAACUUUUUGACUUAUACAAAAAAAGUGAACUCAGAGUUCAGGAGCUACAAGAGGAAAUCAACUCCAACAAGGCCCACGAUAAUCUAAGCUUGACGAAAUUAACAGCUGAUAUUGCCAGUGAUAAAAUUGCUGCGCAGAGAGCUACUGAACAAAACAAAAAAUUAAAAACCAGUAUACAAGAACUUGAGGAAUCAUUUGUUAAAAUGAGUCAAGAUAAAUUGGAGUUGACUGAAAAGCUAGCUGCCGAGAAAUUUUUAAAUAGAGAAUUAACGAUUAAGUUGGCUGACAUUGAGGAAAGGAGUAAAGACCUUCAUGUGAAACUAAGAGCUAAGGAUGAAGAAAUGAUUCGAUUGCAAAUGAACUAUCGGGAAAUGGAGAAAGAAUUAGAAAACAAGUUUAAUGAUGUUAAGAAAACUUAUGAAACAACUACGCAUUGCGAUUCUCAUGGACAGAAAGAAAGCUUAAAAGAGGCAAAUUCCUUAUUAGAAGCUAAUUUCGACAACUCUAUAUUGGACACAGCUAAUAACAAUGCAAGUUUAGAUGAGAUAAUAAAAAAAACUGAAAAACUAAACAUUCCUAAAGAAGAUGCCAUGAUAAAAUUACAAGAACGUUUUUUGAAAAUAAUGGGAGAAGUAGCCGACCUAUCAGACGAAAAGCAUAAUUUGGAACAUAUUAUUCUUCAGUUACAGAAUGAAACAGAUACUAUAUGUGAAUAUGUUGCUUUGUAUCAACAGCAAAGAAGUUUAUUAAAAAAACGCGAUGAAGAAAGAAACGCUCAAAUUAAAUUGUUUCAAAUCGAAUGUGAUAGACUGAAAACACAAUUAGAAGAGUUGAGCAGAAUCAUAUUGAAAUUUGCAGAAGACAAAGAAUUGUUUGCAUACUUUCAAGUGGAACAUAGAAAAAAUGACAUGGAAAAAAUUAGGAACUUACUUGUUAACUUAAAAAAUAACACAUUAAUCGAUCCGAAAAGCAGUUUAGAAUUAAGUAAUGUAUAUCCAUGUAAUUGUUGCUCUGGUAAUCUAAUUGAUGUAUAACUCUAAUUUAUCGUUGGAACACGUUUUUGAGACGGAGCUGUGUUCACUUAAUGUUAUGGAUGUACCUACACGUUUUCUUACGAUUUGUGGUCAUGGAAAUGUACAUGGGCGAUGAAACGAUAAAAGUAAUGAAAAUCAUUCAAUUGAAAAUACUAAACUAAAUAUGCUAGUGUUACGAUUUGGUUCACUACAACAGGCGAGUGGCGGGACUUAAACCAGCAUUCCUCGGAUCUCGAAUCGGCCUGACCGACACUAUUGUGUCAGUGCUCACAAAUAGCUUUAGACGCAUGUUACUUUAUGCAAACGUACCAUCCCCAUGACACAACAACACUCUACUUCCCUUAAUUAAGAUGUGACAUUUUAAUGAGACUUCCAUCUCACCUUGCUUCUUAUGAAAAUGAGAUGUUGAUUGAACUUGCAUACGUACCUUUUAUUUAUUCGUAUAGUAUUAUUUAUCUAUCGCGACAGAGUAAGUCCGGCACGUGCUCGAAAAUAAUUCACAAAGCAAUAUAAAAUAUGUGCAAUAUUAUUGCAAUUAACUUGGAACUAAUUUAUUUAUUUAAGGACAA